UUGAAAAUGAGAAUUAAUUUAAAUUGAAGACAAUUGAUAGAUGGUGUUACUCGUGAUUAAGUAAAUUGACCAAUCGUUUCAGUUCAUUUUGUCCUUUUCUUAUUAACUGAUGAGUACAAUUGUAUGUUGAUCAGUGUGUGUAAACAUUACCUUCAUUUACUGUGUUCCAACAAUUGAUUAGAUUUAUUUUUCCAUUCUUAUUCUAUUAAUUGAUUGACAAUAAUUAAUUGUUGGAGAUUUAAUCAUGUUGGAUCCUGUUGAAGAGUUUCUCAAAGUGGAUACAAUGGAUUUUCAUGAGGUUGAUCCAUUGGAAGAACCUCCAAUUGGAGGUUAUGAAGUUAGUGUAUUGGAAAGGAUGAAAAGACUUGGAACCGCAGUUAAAUUAACUACAGCCAAUUCUGAUCCUGAGCAGCAAAAGUCAAUCGAUUGGUCAUUACUGUGCCAUUGGUCAUCUCAAUAUCGUAGUGAUCCUGAUUGUCCACCCGAUUUGGUUGAUAAAAUGUAUCGCAAGAAAACAGCUCAUGAAAAGAUCAAGUGUAUAUUUGAUGUUCCAAAGUUGAAUCGUAAAAUUGCCCUAGAUGCCCGAAAAAUGGUCGUUGAGAAUUAUAAUCGUGGACGGAAAAAUGGAACCACAGCUCGUAACUAUCUUAAAAUGGGCCUUGAAGCUUUGAAUGCCAAGGAAUAUGAUAAAGCCCUGGAAAGUUUCAAUUUGGGUCUGAUUUGUGCUCCACAUCCGGCUGGAACUGAUGAUCCAGUUAUGAAAAGUCUUUACUCCAUGUUAUUUGUGAGCCGAAGUCGAGCUUUCAAAGGAUUGGGAAGAUACAAUGAGAGUUGGGACGAUUAUCAUGAGGCCUGUGAACUUAAUAACAGUAGUCGAUUCAUCGAGACUUUGUUAACCACUCAGGUGGAAAUUUGUCGAGAAAUAAUUGCCAUCAAAUUUACCCCGAAAAAAACUCAUGAUUUUCCCGUUGAUUUGGAUGAGUUUGAUUUUCGUAAACAAGAUCAAAGUCAAACUCUUUCAAAUGCAUUGAAACCAUUGAAAUUAGAAUAUAAACGAGAAAAAGGUCGAAGUGUUGUGACAACCGAAUCUCUCGAUGUAACGGGAAUACUUAUCGCCGAAGAAGCUUACGUGGCCUGGUUGGCACCUCCAUUCUAUGAAAAGUACUGUUAUCAUUGUCAAAGGUCUUUAAAGGAUCGACCGUUUCCCUGUCAAUCUUGUAUCUAUGUGAGAUAUUGUUCGUUCAAGUGUCAGGCCAAAAGUUGGCGAACUUAUCAUUCAGUGGAAUGUAAAUUCAUGGGUCAUCUUAAAUACCUUUCGAUAGGUCAACUUGCUCUGAGAAUCGUUUUCAUGAACAAAGUUGUACCUUCACUUGAAUCUUAUAAAAGUUAUGCCUCAUGUAAACCCUCAUUAAGGGAAAAUAAAUUGACUUUCAAGAAAACUCUUGGUGACUUAUUGACUCUUGGGACACAUGAAAAUCACCGAGAAAAUUUGUUGACUCAAUGUAUGUUUGCCGCUGCCUUUUUAACCCACCUCGCAAGUAACAUGGCCUUUAUUUUGGAUGAAGAUCAUUACAAUUUCGGUGGAUUAAUGUUCAAGUUAUUGGCCAUUCUUAAGAUUAACGUCUCUUCAAUAGCCGAUGAUGCUAUUACCGUUUCUGAGAGUGAUUGUUGUUUCGUUAUUGAGAAAAAGGUUAUCAUUGGUGCUGGAUUAUUUCCCACUUUCGCUUUGAUUAACCAUUCAUGUGAACCCAAUUGUGCUUCGGCUUUUAUUGGAACCCGAAUCAUGGUCACUGCUACCAGGCCAAUAAAAGCCGGUGAAGAAGUGACCAUCUCUUAUUUAUCGGAAACGGAUGACAGAUCCUAUGAAAGUCGACAUAAAUUAUUGAUUGACCGAUGGCAUUUCUCUUGCACUUGUCCACCUUGUAAACAAAAAAUUGAUUGUUAAAAUUUUGCUUCCAUUUUAACAAUUUAUUUGCCCAUCGUACACAUAAAAUGUCCCAUCAAAUUUGUAACUAUUUCUUUUUUUAAAAA